AUGUUAUUUUUUAUGAAAAAAUAUACCUUUAAUAUUUAUCAAUAUUAUGGAAAUUUUAUAUGUAAAAAUAAAUUAUUUGAAUUAGGUUAUCCAUUAUUUUUUAAUCUCAAUAAGCAAGUUAUAUAUAAUUUAUUUAAUUCAAAAAGUAGUUUAUCUAUAACUGAUGCAAAUAUUAAAAAAUAUUUAAAUUAUCUUAUGAACGCAUAUCAAAAUGAGGAUGAAAGGAAAGGAAGUAUUUCUGAAAUUCUUAAAUUACCUGAAAUUUCACCAUUAUUGAAUGAAAAAAUUAAAAUAAUUGAGAAUAUACAGAAUUUAAAUGAUCUUAUAAAUGGCAAUGAAGAACUAAAGAAUCUUGCAAAAGAGGAAGAAUUAACAUAUAUGCAACAACUAUUAGAGAUUGAUGAACAAAUUUUAAAUAUUAUUAUAAAAUAUAUAGAUGUAGAACAUUAUGACAAUAUUAUUAUGGAAAUAGUACCAGGUGUAGGUGGUCAAGAAGCUAUGUUGUUUGCUAAAGAUUUAUUAAAUAUGUAUAUUAAGUACUUUAAUCAUAUAGGAUUUAAUUAUGAAAUAUUAGAAAUAUUAAGUAAUGAAUUAAAUGGAUUAAGAAAAGCUACUGUGCUUAUAUCUGAUAAUAAUGCAUUCAAAAAGUUAAAAUAUGAAGGUGGCGUACAUAGAGUACAAAGAAUUCCUGCAACAGAGAAAUCUGGUCGUUUACAUACUAGUACAGCUGUUGUAACAAUUUUACCAGAACCUAAAGAUGUAGAUAUUAAGUUAGAAGACAAAGAUUUGAUAAUAGAAUCAAAAAAAGCAUCUGGAGCAGGAGGUCAACAUGUAAAUACUACAGAUUCUGCAAUUAGAAUAACUCAUAUACCUACUGGUACAAUUGUGACUUGUCAGACAAAUAGAUCUCAAAUAAAAAACAAGCAAAUAGCAUUAACAAAAUUAAAAAGUUUAUUAUACGAGGAAGAAUUAAAUAAACAAGUCUCGUUCAUUAAUCAAAUACGUAAGAAACAAAUAGGAAAAAGAUUGAGAAAUGAAAAAAUUAGAACAUAUAAUUUUAACCAAGAUCGGGUUACGGAUCAUAGAAUUCCAAAUGGUACAAUGUAUAAUUUGAAAGAAUUCAUGGAAAAUGGAACAUCUCUGGAAAUAUUAGAGGAUAGACUUUAUAAAGAUAUGCAAUCAAAAAUUAAAGUGGAAAUUAUAGAGGACAUGUUAAAUCAAUUAAAAUAAUCGUUCACAUCAACAUUUAUCAUUUUGAUAAGAAAUUUUCAUUUUAUAUAGGCAAGCCAUUGUACAUAGCAAAUUGUAAUAAACUCUGUGUAAUACAAGUAACAUCAUUCGUUUUUCGGAUGGAAACUCGCCACGUCUCUUAUUAUUAAAUUCUUUCUGUUUCGCUUUAAGGAAGCAGAGAGCUAGUGAAGUAGAGAGUUCAGUUGUUUAUUUGAAAAACAUACAACAAUAUUUUUGUUCUUUUUUUUUUUUUUUUUUUUUUGUUUCAUUUUGUUUCAUAACCGCGUGUCCAAAGGCACACAUCCUUGUAACUCUCGUAUAAUACAUUAAUAUACAAAAUUAAUAUUCGUAAUCUCUAUAAAUAUCAAACGACACGUUUUACAUCGGUUAAUGUACAAAGCGCAAAAUGUGUAUAUGUGUAUGUGAAUCUCAUAGUAUUAUGAACGUGUGAUUUUUAUAUACGACCCUGCUCCGACAUAUAAUUUUCUAUAAAAUUCUAUCUAUUUGAAUAUUCCAAGAAAAUAACAUUAGCGACUAAGACGAACGAUGUAUAACGAUGUAGGUACAUCCUACACCUACGAACAUUUCUUGAGGGAAUUAACUUCCUCUUUUGUAUCACAUUAGAUCUAGAUCUUAAAUGUGUCAUAUAUAUUCUGGCCGCUCUAGAAUUUUCCACCUACAUACGUAUAGAUUGGUCGAAUGUAUAGUUUGUAAAACAACUAGUAAUAAGUUGUAAUAAGUAUUUAAAUGAACAAUAUUUUUCUUUCUGUUCAAUAUUUUUAUAUUUUUUUUUUUGUCAAAAAAGCAUAUUUUUUUGAUUACCUUUUCUUAUCUCUUUAGAUGAAUGUGAAUUUAUAAAGUUUUGAUUAUUUUUUCAUGUUAUGUUCUUUUAGAUUUUGGAAUAAGUACUAUAAAAUUUUUGGGAAAUUUGAUUAAAUUAAAAAUGAUAGCGAUCGAUGAUACUCUAACCGAUCUUCUAUAGUUCGAUAUUUUUUGUUAUAAUCUAAAUAUCAUCAAAGUAACAAAUUAAGUAGUUGAAUGAAAUUGUAAUUUGAAAAAGAAAAAAA